GAAAUGUAAAUUACGUGUUUGUUGAAAUGCUUAGCAGAAGAUAAUGCUCUCUUUGUUUGUGUCGAACUGAAAUGGAGAAAUGGGAUUUGGGUUAUAAGUCAGCAACUAGUUGUGUAGUGUAGACAAACUCACAAGCUCGGUGAAGGUGGCUUUGGACUCGUUAAGAUUUUCAAGGUGAACCAUGUCUGUAACUGAGGGGAUGGAUGAAUUUGAACAAAUAGUUUCAAGUGGUAGCAAAAUAAGUAGGAGUGGGACUUCUGAAGUGUGGAAUGAUUUCGAAAUAUUACCUUCAUAUGAAGAUGGCCAUCGAAAAGUCAAGUGCAGAAAAUGUGCUAAUAUUUUAACAGCAGAUAAGGAGAAUGGAACUAGUAAUUUACGCCGUCAUGCUAAGAAAUGUCAUCAAGAAAAUGAUAGUGUGCCUUGCCGUCCUCCCCUUGAUCAAGAUAUGUAUUGUGAAAAGAUUGCAAUGGCAAUUAUUAGGCAUAAUUACUCAAUUUCAUUUGCAAAGCAUGAGGUCAAUAGAGAGCUUCAUAUCUUUCUAAAUCCCGAUGUUAAGCCAAUAUGUAGGAAUACAGCAAAGUCAGAUGUUUUGAAAAUCUAUAAGAGAGAAAGAGAAAAUCUCAAACGUGCUUUAGAGUUAGUCCCGGGCAAGAUUUGCUUAACAUCAGAUUUGUGGAAAUCUUCCACAACUGAUGAGUACAUGGUUCUCACUGCACACUACAUUGAUGCAAAUUGGGAGUUGCAAAUGAGGGUUUUAUGUUUUUCUCAUACGCCACCUCCUUGUAGUAGUAAGAUUUUGGGAGAGAGAUUGUUUAACAUUCUAAAAGAAUGGGGCAUUGAGAAAAAAGUAUUUACAAUCACUUUAGACAAUGCUUCUUACAAUGAUACCUUGGUGAAUAGUUUGAAGAAAAACCCUUCUUUUAGAUCAUCUUUGCCUUGUAGUGGUGAGUUCUUUCGUGUUCGUUGUGGUGCUCAUAUUUUAAACCUUAUUGUACAAGAAGGUUUGAAAAUUAUAGAGCAUGUUGUGCACAACAUACAUGAAAGUGUUAAAUAUGUGAGAGGCAAUGAUAUGAGGAAGUUAAGAUUUGCUGAAUGUCUUCAAGAACUCCCUAAUUUAACUAGUAAGAAAGUGCGACAAGAUGUGCCAACAAGAUGGAACUCAACAUAUUUAAUGAUUGAGACAGCUCUUACAUUUCGGGAUGCAUUUCACAAUUUGAGUAUUGUUGAUGGAAGCUUUCACACUUGUCCCUUAGAUGAUGAAUGGGAUAAGGCUAAGAAGAUAGCAAAAUUUUUGAAGCCAUUUUAUGACAUCACCACUCUCUUUUCAGGCACUCAAUACCCUACUGCCAACUUAUACUUUCAUGGUGUAUGGAAAAUUCAUUUGCGUAUUUUAGAAGAGAUGGAAGAUGAAGAUGUAGUAAUUAGUGACAUGGCAAAAAGCAUGAAAGAAAAAUUUGAUAAAUACUGGGAUUGUUACAGCAUUGUGCUAUCAUUUGCUGUAAUUUUAGAUCCUCGGUAUAAGUUGCAGUUUGUGGAGUUCAAUUAUAGGCGACUUUAUGGCACUAAUGGGACAAUAAUGGUGAUGGAUCUUCGUGACAAGUUAUAUUCCCUUUUCGAAGGAUAUUUGCGCGCCACUAAUUAUGAAGCACACAAUAUGGUUGAAAAUGCAUCUAGUAGUGGUGCUAAUGAGAAGGUAAGAGAUGCUGAUAUUGCUGGUUUUGAUACAUUUGAGAGUGAAAUUGUUGGUUCAAUCAAUAGUAAGUCACAAUUAGAUGUGUAUUUGGAAGAGGCCGGUUUGACCAUAACACUCAUAUGGACUUGGAUAUUCUUGAAUAUUGGGAAUCACAUUGUGGUAGCUUUCCAGAACUUUCACUAAUGGCUCGUGACAUUAUGAGUAUUCCUAUCACUACCGUUGCCUAAGAGUCUGCGUUUAGCAUUGGUGGUCGAAUUCUUGAUAAGUACCGUAGUUGUCUAUUGCCACAAAAUGCAGAGGCUUUGUUAUGUUCCCAUAGCUGGUUGUUUACUGGGUAGGUUAUACCUUAUCAUGAUGACGAGCACCUUGUGGAGGAUUUUGAACACCUAUGCAUUUCUGGACAUGUUACAUAUAAUGAUGAGGUUUAGCCACCAUACCCGCUAAACUUUGCAAGAGGGAGAGCUCUAAGCAGUUCCACAAUUCCAAAAUCCCCUCUGGUUUACAAGAAAAUUCGACCACCCUCAAGGAAGCUCAAGACCACAUAUAAGGCAUCAAGGCCAAACCUAUUUAUGUAGCUCAUUUGCUGAUUACUUUCUCUGGUUUCCUGCUAGGAUUCUUAUUUAAAUGAGCUUUAGAUGUAAGACAGGUUUUAAAUUUUUAAUACUUUGGACUUUCAGAUUCUGUUUUGGUAGGAGAAUACUUUUCAUAAUUCUUAUCAUUUCUUCCAGUUUUGUUUUAGUUGUGUGGGUUGGGACUUUUUGAGUAAUGAGAAACAUUUAUUUUCGCUCCAA